AUGUCCACGAUUUCUAAGCACUUUGGACUGAAAUACAAAGAAGAAUCGUACAUCUUUAAAGAGCUUGAGAAGGUUCGCAAGGAGACUAAAAAGGAAUUUCUCCGAUUCAAGGAGAAGUUGGCCUCCAAGCCGGCUGUGGGUGAAGUCCCUGUUUUCGGCCUCCGGGUCCCCGCUCCGGCCCAGCAUGGGGGGAAGUGGAGCGUUUCCCGCGCCAGACCCCAAAAGCCACCAGGCUCCCCUCGGGCCAAAGGCCGUGCGCCCCUCGCUGCGGCCCUCCCGCAGCCGGCGCCCCGAGGCGCAGCGCGGCCCCCGGGCCCGAGCGAGGCGGCCGCUUCCGGGAAGACCCGGCCCUUCUGCCCCCAGGAUUUCUACUUGCGGAGCUCCGCGUUCCUCCGGCCCCGGCCCCUGAAGAAGCCGCCGGUCAUCGCCUCCAGGGCGGGCACGUCCAGACCCGUGGUCCUGAUGCCGCCACCUGCGCCCAGGGGGAAGGUCCGGGCGCACCUGGGCGCCAGGAGCCCACGGCCCGCGGGCUCCAAGCUGGUCUUCGACCCGGCCGGAGGCCGCGACGAGCCGGCUCGGCUCGCGGAGGCCCGCAAGGCCAGAGAGAGGAAGGGCGGCUCCCUGUCCGGAGAAGAGGGAGACUCGGAGGCGGCCGGCCGGCGGAGGAAAGUGAGGAUUCACACACGCUUCCUGCGCGAGGGCUCGCGCGGCGAGUCGCGGGAAGACCCGGUGUCGGUUUCCAAAACCGACCGCGAGAGCAAUUCGCCGAGUGACGCGCGGGAGGCCGCCCCGCAGGCCCCGCAGCCCGUGCGAGCGAUCCCGUCAUCCAUCGAGAUCAUCGCCUCGUUUCAGUCCGAGGCCCAGCUGGCCUCCGACCAGAGCACCAAAGAGCUCUUCCAGAGCGUCCUCGGCCAGAACUACGACAUGAAAAUGGAAGCUAUUUCUUUAAUGGGAAAAGUGUACUGGCCAAAAACACCGCAAGUGCAAGCAGAGCAAGGACUGCAGAUAAGUAUUAAGGAAGCUCAAAUGAAUGUGCUUGAGAAGCUUCCUGAAGCUGUAUCAAGUAUUUUCCAGAUUGAACAAGAGGAUGUAUCGGAAUGGGGAGUCUCAGAUGCAGAAAGCAUAUUAUUUAAGCCUCAGGAAACUUUGGAAGUUCAGUCAGCAGAUGAAUCAAGUAAACCUUUGGAAGGUGAACAGCCCACUGGUGAUUCAAAAACAACCAGGCAGCUGUCUUUAAAGGUGAAAUCGUCAGAAUUGUUGCAAAUCAAAGGAAAAGAAGUUAAGCAAAGGCGGAAAAGUAAAUUAGGAAUUACACAACAGAGACAAAGAAAGGUUUCAAAACCCCUGUGUGAUCAAAACCUACCGAAAAAAAAAAUUCCACGAGACUACUCCACUCGGACCCUUCACGAUCUGUGUGCCACUAUCCCAGCCCAAGAGCUGCCCAUUGACUUGCGCCUGGCUUCUCGAGUGUAUCAUACAGCCGACAAGAAAGGCCACAAUACUGUACUUGGAGUAUGUGGAACCUCUUUCUUAGAUGAUCGCUAUACAGAUGAAGAGCAAAGAGAUAGGGAUCGUGUGGCCUCUGGUGUCACAGCUUUUGACUCUGGAGCCUUGCUAUGUCUGUUUGAAUGCUCACUGGCAAAAAAGGCUACCCACAAAAGAAGUAACUGGAACCCUGCCACAGAAGAACUCAACGUCACCAUGACUGCUUGCCAGCAGGAACAUCAGAACCUUCGUCCUUCCAAACUAAUACUGCAAGGAAUUCCUGUUAUGGGUGACAAUCAAGAAUAUGUUGCCGUACUUCCAACAAGACCAGGGAUACCACCUGAAUUGGCACCAGGAACUGGACGGAGUGCUCACAAACCAUACCUACAACUCUUGGGAGAGGAAGUGUCUGCUUAUCCAGGAUUUACCAAGUUGUUUUGGAAUCUAACUUCACCCAAAUUCUCCGUUCCAGUAUCUGUCAUAAAGGAAACCGUAUAUCCCAAAUAUGAGAGUGUGCAAGCAAGCAGAAUUUUAUUUGAGAAAUUUACAUCUGAAAGCAAGGAAAAUGUCAUUACUUUAAAUCAGCAUAGGAGAAGUUCUAGGAGAGUAAAAUCUGCAGUUGAAUUGAAGAAGGAAACCAUAACUCCAUUAGAGAUUAAGGAUGACAUGCAAAGCAAUAUGAAAGAGGUGAUGUUUCAGAAAACAAAGGAGUUGGAGCACUGGAUGGCUGAGCAAAAUGAAACUGAGGAACCCGUCUCUGUGAAAGAAAAUAUAGAUACUAUCUUAGACAACAUGCAGAGCAGAUGCAGUUCGAGAGGCCUGUCUCUCUCUCUCAUUGAAGCAUCUAGACAGGCUGGCAUUACUUAUGUUGUUUGUCCCAAGAAAAAGAAGAUGAAACGGAAGAAAGCAUUAAGACUCAGUAAACUUAGACUUGUGUAUGAUGAGUUAUCCAAGCCUCCAAAAAUUCUUAAAAGAUCAGAGUCUCAUGGAAUCCUUCCUGGACAGAAGAAAUUUUUGCUCAAAGUUCCACUAUAUGAACGUCUAUUACGGUGUCCCAGUCUACCUUUGUGUUUAAAUUUUGACAAAGUUGCCCAAAGUAAAGGAAGAAUUCCAGAAAAUAGUGGUCCUCAAACAUGGGCUCUUGACAUGUUCUCUAAGCCUAAACAAAAGAAGACAACCCCAAGAGAGAAAGUUGUUAAAAUAUCUGUUCAUGAAGACUCGUCUGAAAGAGUGAAAAAAACACCAAAAAUAGAAUUGAGUGGUUCUUUGGAAUCUCGUCUUCCUCCAGCGGUCAUUAGACAUUAUGAAUCCGAAGUGGAGAUCUUGACUGAAGAAAUAAAUAGUAAGAAGAAAUAUCCUGCAUUUUUAUAUUGUAGGCGUGGAGCUCUUUAUAGGAAACUGGGAAAGUUCCAGAGUGCCAUGAAUGAUCUACAUGAAGCUAUACUCUUGGAGCCAUUGUUUCUCAAUGCCUAUUGGCACCGACACUUCAUUUAUCUUUUCCAAGGCAAAAUUAAUGAAGCUUUGGAUGACUUGAAUUAUAUAAAUAAAUAUAAUAAAAAUAAUGCAGACGCAUAUUUUUCAAGGGCAGAAAUUUUCAGAUCAAAAAAAGACAGUACUUUGGCAAUUCUAAAUUAUACUCAAGCAAUUAAGUGCAAGCCCAUGGAUGCUGAUAUAUAUUUCAGGAGGGGUGAGAUGUACGAAAUAGAAAACAAAGUACUGGCCAUUGAUGACUUUUCUAAAAAUUUGAUGACAAAUGGAUUUCCUAAAGGCAUGGUCUUCAAAUGCAAAUCUGAAAGUUCUGGCAUCUUAAAGUAG